AGUUGUUUGAACCUUUGGAAAUGGCAAGAUUUUUUGCCCUAGGACCCUUAGUUUUGAUCCUACGCAUGGUCUUAUAUGUCAAAGCUGACCAAUCCACCAACUCCACACCACCCACUGAUCUCACCACUGCAUUACCUAUCAUUAAAGGGAGCGCUUCUAAUCAGAAAGAAACUCAGACAAGCCCAUCAAUCUCACCCACACACACCACUAUACAACAACAAAACACAGACACCACAGGGAGCGCUUCUAAUCAGAAAGAAACUCAGACAAGCCCAUCAAUCUCACCCACACACACCACUAUACAACAACAAAACACAGACACCACAGGGAGCACUUCUAAUCAGAAAGAUACUCAGACAAGCACAUCAAUCUCACCCACACGCACUGCUAUACAACAACAAAACACAGACACCACAGUCCCUCAGCCAAAUCUCUCCACUCUCACCACUUCAUCAAACACACCUGCAGACAUCAGCACUAAAGCAGCUCAACCAGGUUCAAGUAAUGACUCCAUCACCUCACCUCCAAUCACGACCAUCCCAUCUCUCACCUCCACACAACCCACCUCAACCUUACACACAUCCACCAGCAUCACGGGUAACUCCACAACACUUGUGCUCUCUGAUAUAAUUAUUAAUGUACCACAGAAAGCACAUGUGAGUCAGUACAGCGUUUUGGAGAGAGUGAAAGAAAACGAAACUCAUGUGGUGAAUAUCAAUGGCUCUAAGGACCAAAUGUACACAAUCAGGAUAAAGGAUAAGCACAAAGAGAUCCGUGCUGAGCAAAUAUCUGACCAGACUCCCUUUAAAAUUCCUUUUGAAUGGUUAAAACCAUGCACUGUGUACAGCGUCAGUGUGGAUGACUGUAAACUCAGUGGAAACAACACCUUUACUUCCAGUAAAAAUGGAGAAACUGUUCCAAAAACUGUUGUGACAAGCGUGACAGAUAAUGAAGUGUGUUUGAAAGGAGAAUUCACUGGUAUUCAAUGGGAUCUGACUGAAUGUGUUGAAAUAACGGAGCAAAACUCUUGUGCAUCCACACACAUCGUUGUACUGGACACAUGUAACUACACAAUGAAUGUUGAUCUGCCCCCAGUCAAGCCGCACAUAACUUUCAACAAAACUAUUCCCUCUCAGUUUGAAUGGAUGAAUAAACCAGAACGAUGUAAUGCUGCACUGCUUAACAUCAGUUGCACUAAUAAUGAGAACAAAAAGGGCACAGUUUAUAGUUUAAAUACCCCAGUGUUAUUAUUACUAAACACACAGUACAGCUGCACUGGAGAAUAUCCUCGUGAGAAACAACCCAUCAAGAGUCAUGAGCUCGACAUUCAGAUCAAAUGUGACUGGCAAAAGAAUGGGCGAUUUCAGCUCCUAUCCAGCAGCUCAUUGGAAAUCUCCUGGUCUUCACUCAAGGGAGAUCGAUGCUCAGGGAUUGAAUGGGAACGUUAUUCAGCCAGCUGCAAAACCCCUGGCAGUGAUGGAAACAAUCAUCGUGUGAGCUGUACACAAGACAGUGGCACUAGUACAGUCUGUAGUAUUACUGGAUUAUUGCCAUAUACAAACUAUGAAUGCAGUAUUAUUGGAAAAGUCAACCAAAAAGAUUAUGUUAUUUACACUGGUAACCGUGCAACACUUUCUGACAAGCCCAUUUUCAAAUCAAAAAGUAAAGUACAUAACCCUACUCACAAUUCUCUUGAAAUAAAUUGUAAAAAACUGGAAUCAGAUCUCGUCUGGAAUGGAGGAAAGGGAACAUUCACAGCUGAAAUCACAUACAACGGAGACACUAGAACUGCAGGUCCACAGAACGAAUGUUUGUUUACAUUUUCAGAUCUUUACUACCUUGCAACAUAUAAAGUUAAGAUCACAGCCAAGAAUACAGAAGGAGAUUCAGCUUUCAUUACUUCUGAAGCUACUACUCAGUACAAUGACAAGGCUGUCGUUGGAUUCUUGGUGUUUCUGAUCAUUCUGACAUCAGUGGCGCUCCUCUUCGUGCUCUUCAAAAUUUACCUUCUCAAAAGAAAGCGGGCUACUGAGGAUGAAGAGAUUCCUCUCACACCAGAACCGCUGCGCAGAGUUGAGCCCAUCUACGCCGAAGGUUUGGUGGAGGCUUACAAGACCAAGAUCGCUGAUGAGAGCCGUCUGUUUAUGGACGAGUUUCAGAGCAUUCCCCGCAUUUUCUCCAAUUACACCGUCAAAGAAGCGAAGAAACAGGAAAACCAGUCCAAGAACCGCUACGUUGACAUUCUGCCUUAUGACUAUAAUCGGGUUACUCUCUCAGCUGGAGGUGAAGACGACUACAUCAAUGCCAGCUUUAUUGAGGGAUAUCAAGAGCCAAAGAAAUACAUUGCAGCCCAAGGACCCAAGGAUGAGACUGUUUGUGACUUUUGGCAAAUGGUUUGGGAGCAAAAGUCAUCCAUUAUUGUCAUGGUCACCCGUUGUGAGGAAGGAAACAAGGUCAAAUGUGCUCAAUACUGGCCAUCUCUGGACAGAGAGACUGAGAUUUUUGAUGAUUUUGUGGUGAAAAUCCGAUCUGAGCAACAUUGUCCUGAUUAUAUCAUACGCCAUCUGAUCCUGGCCAAUAAGCGAGAGAAGGCCUCAGAAAGAGAAGUCACACAUAUCCAGUUCAUCAGCUGGCCUGACCAUGGUGUGCCCGGAGACCCCUGCCUGCUUCUGAAGCUCAGGAGAAGAGUCAACUCCUUCAAGAACUUCUUCAGUGGCCCGAUUGUGAUCCACUGCAGUGCAGGGGUCGGCCGCACAGGAACAUAUAUUGGCAUUGAUGCAAUGAUUGAAUCUCUCGAGGCAGAGGGUAGAGUGGAUAUCUAUGGAUACGUAGCAAAACUACGUCGCCAGCGAUGUCUCAUGGUUCAAGUGGAGGCCCAGUACGUACUGAUCCACACUGCUCUGAUUGAGUACCACAUGUUUGGAGAGACAGAGGUCUCACUGUCUGAAUUCCACUCAGUGCUCAACACCCUCAGACAGAAAGAUGGCAAUGAGCCCGGUUUGCUUGAAAUGGAGUUCCAGAAACUGCCCAAAUUUAAAAAAUGGAGAACAUGUAACACGGCAAGCAGCGAGGAGAACAAGAAGAAAAACCGCAACUCAGAUGUUAUCCCAUAUGACUUUAACAGAGUCCUGUUUAGACUGGACAUUGAGGGCAACCAGACCAGUGACCCAGAAGAUGAGGAGGAUUAUUCAUCAGAUGAGGAAGAAGAAUCUAAUGAAUACAUCAAUGCCUCAUUCAUUGCUGGCUACUGGUGUCAGAAGAGUCUGAUCGCAACACAGGGACCUUUACCAAACACGACGGCAGAGUUCCUGCUCAUGCUGUACCAGCAACAAACUAAGACACUGGUCAUGCUCACUGACUGCCAAGAAGACAGCAAUGAAUAUUGCUCUCAGUACUGGGGAGAUGAAAAGAAAACGUUCGGAGAGAUGGAAAUUGAGGUAAAAAAGACAGAAAGCUUCCCAACGUAUGUGAGGCGGCGGCUGGAAAUAAAGUCCACAAAGAAAACAGACGUCUUGGAGGUGGAUCAGUACCAGUUCCUGAAAUGGAAAGGCCGUGAGCUUCCGGAGAACCCUCAGGAGUUGAUAGAGAUGAUAAGGGUCAUCAGAGAGAACGGCAAUUAUGAUUACAGCAAAAUGAACCGGAACAUCCCCAUGGUGGUGCACUGCAACAAUGGAUCGUCACGUACCGGAGUCUUUUGUGCCUUAUGGAACCUAUUGGACAGCGCAUACACUGAGAAGCUGGUGGACGUCUUCCAUGUAGUCAAAAACUUGCGCAAGGAGAGACAGGGGAUUAUAGAAAAAAUCGAGCAGUACAAGUUCCUCUACGAGGCUCUAGAGGGUGCUUUCCCGGUGCAAAACGGUGCUGUAAAGACGCCACCUGCAAACGACACCGCGCAGGUCAUCAACGAAACCACGGCGCUUCUCGACGAGCCCAACGACACUUCUGGUGCUGACCAGAAGGAGGCGGAUGAGAGCAAAGCCAAGGACAGCAGCGAGCAGAAAGCCAAGGAGAGCAGCGAGCAGAAAGCAGAAGAAAGCAGCGAGCAGAAACCCAAAGAGAGCAGCGAGCAGAAAGCCGAAGAAAGCAGCGAGGAGAAACCCAAAGAGAGCAGCGAGCAGAAACCCAAAGAGAGCAGCGAGCAGAAAGCCGAAGAGAGCAGUGAACAGAAACCCAAAGAGAGCAGUGAGCAGAAACCCAAAGAGAGCACUGAGCAGGAAGCCAAGGUGAGCAGCACUGCUGAGGCUCCACCAGCAGAGGGAGAGAAACCCAGCACCGAGGGCACCACCAAUGGCCCCACCACCACCGUAGAGCUUUAAGCAUUUUGGGGCUAAAAUAUUUUUGCUAAUUUGACACCAAGUGUCAAGGAGUGAUUUUUUUAAUGAUUUUGAGUUCUUGUUUUACAUUGGGUUUCAUUGUACAUUAAAUGUUAGAUUAGAGUUUGUGUGUGUGUGUGUGUGUGUGUGUGUGUGUGUGUGUGUGUAUGUGUGGAGAAUUCAGGUUAGGAUCUGACUGAUCCAAUAAAACGUACAUUUCUCAGGUUUCGGUUUGGAUUUUCUGUAAAGGCUAAUGAUGCUGUUUGUGUGAAAGCUUUGCAUAUAUAUAUAUAUUGUUAAUUAACAUUUGUAAAGGAUUUGCUUUAUGAUUUGAUUUUUAGGCUAUCAAAUUGAGAUUUGAAUGUAUUGUAAAAUAAGACCUUACAGACGAUAUUUUCUGUUUUUUUUUUUUUGUUUUUUUUUUGUUUGGAAACUGUAUCAAAGCAUAGCCUUAUUGCAUCUAAAUUAUAGUGUCUGAAAUGGAAGGGAGUGCUUUUAUGUUCGAGAACAACCAAAAUAAGGGCAAAGAUGACUUUGCACUACAGAGCUGUCAUCAAACUAUCUUUCACUUCACUGUUGUUUUCCUGAUUCGCUUAAUACAUAUUUCAUUUUAAGCAGAUGUACCUUUAAAGAAAAAAGAAAAAAAUAAAGGAUUGCUUGAACAACA